AUGACGAUCCAUCCGUAUUUUCUCGAGGCCAUUUAUGAAAACUCGAGAUGCCAACGACUACCUCUGUUUCCUAACAUCACUUCCUUACGUGCUGACUUCCAUGACUACGGAUGGGAAAUGUUGCCAAGCUUUCUUGAGAGCUGCCCGAAUCUUAAACAUCUAUCCUUGUUGCAGAAAUAUUAUAUAUAUAGAGUAGAGAAAGUUAUUAAUGUCCCUGAACCUCGGUGUUUCCUGCCAUCUCUCGAGUUUGUUGAGAUAAAAGAAAAGACACUACGUGAGAUAGACGAGGCGAGAGAGAUGAAACUAGUGAGUUACUUGCUGGAGAAGUCAACAAUCCUCAAGAAGCUCACUCUGUCCUUGUAUCCUCUCAGAGAGGAGAAAGUAUCUGCCAUCCUCAAGAAGUGUCUCUCAUUUCCAACACUCUCUCCCUCAUGCCAAGUUGUUGUUCUCUAA